AUGAGCUUGGCCGCAAAUGCGGGGUCCGUGGUGGGGCCGCGGGGUAGCCUGACGCCGACGGGGCGCCGGGUCGUGAAGCGGAAAAUCGACGAUUCGGGAAAUGAAUCGAGUCGGAACGGCCGGUAUGCGACGCGAACGACUGCGAAGGCGACGUCGGCGAAGGAGAACGAUUGUGCGACUGAUGCGAGGAAUGGAGCCAACGACAGUGGCGAGGGCCUGGCGGCGCUCCAGCACGUUUCGGAGCUCCUGGGCGAUUGCCGGGCUGAGUUCGCGGGGUUCAAGCAGAUGAUCCGCGGUCAGAGCGAGCUGAUCCGCACCCAGCAAGAGACUAUCCAAGACCUGAAGGAGGCGGCCGAUGAGCAGAGAAGCUUGAUCAGGGAUCUGAAAGUCGCGCUGGAGGACACGAAACAGCAUAUGGGCUUGGAACUGAAGCGACUGAGCGACAAACUGGAAGCCAUCACGGCGCGCCCUUCCAUUACCCCGCCGCGAUCUUUCGCUGAGGUGGCGGGGUCACAACGGCCGUCGCAGCCCGCAACCGUGACGCCUAGCGAGACGGCGGCCGCCCCUCUCGCCGGUUCGCUCUAUUGCACGAUCGACACGUCGCGAGUGGAACAAGCGAACAGGGAUCGUGUGCAGGUGGGAGAAGUCCGGCAAGCCAUUGAAGUAGAGAUGAGGGCCAAGGACGGCCGGGCAGCUUGGCGGUGCGCGGCGGUCGUGAGGGACGCCCGGGCCGCGGAGCGCAUCAAGGUAAUCUGCAGAGACGAAAACGAACUGAAGCAGGUGAAAGAGGCUGCGCAGAAGACAGCCGUCGUCGGCGCAAGAGUCAUGCGAGACCAGCUCUAUCCAGUGAAAGUGGACAAUGCGAACAGGAGCAGGGUGCUCGAUGCAGAAGGAAACGUGCUGCCGGGGGCUGCCGAAGCACUGGGUGCAGAAAAUAAGGUCAACAUCGCUAAGAUGUCUUGGUUGAGUAACAAGGAGUCGGGAAAAGCUUAUGGAUCGAUGGUGGUCUACGUCACCAAGGAGAGCGAUGCGAGACGGCUCGUUGACGGUCAUUAUUUCGACCUAGCCGGCGAGUCGGCUACCACGAACGUGUUUGAACGACGCACCGGACCCGUGCAGUGUUACAACUGCCAGGCCAUUGGACAUAAAUCCUUCCAAUGCAAGAACGCGCAACGAGAACCGGUUCAGCAAAGCUUGAUGAACGACGAUGCACUGAAAGACUUCGGUGUGUUGGCAGUCUCCGAGCCGUAUGCAAGGCUGGUGGACGACAGCGUGGUCACGAGCCCGAUGUGGCACAGCAACUGGACGAAGAUGAUACCCACGCAGAGGCACGAUGCCCUCUGGCCGAUCCGGAGCAUGCUCUGGGUGAGGAGCGAUCUUGAAGCGGAGCAGGUCCCUAUUCCCUCGGCGGACCUCACAGCAACGAUGCUUCGGCUGCCGGAGAGGGAUGUUCUGAUCGUGUCCGUGUAUGUGCAAGGAAAGAGCUCGGAUAUGCUGAUCUCUGCCAUGGGUGCACUGCACGAAUUGAUCAGGUCGUUCCGUGACAGCACGGGCAGGCGCGCCGAUGUGGUGUUGGCGGGGGACUUCAAUCGGCAUGACCUGCUCUGGGCCGGCGACGACGUCUCGGCCAGGAGGCAAGGCGAAGGUGAACCGAUCAUAGAUCUCAUGAAUGAGCACGGCCUUCGGAGCCUGCUUCCGAGGGGAACGAGGACAUGGCAAGGCUCGGGCCAGGAAAGCACCAUCGACCUGAUAUUGGCCACCUCAGAGCUGGCAGACGAGAUGAUGAUUUGCGCCCCGCACUCAACGGAUCACGGGUCAGACCAUCGGGCAAUCCAUACGACUUUCGAUGUAGCGCUGCCCGAACGGGUCACGACGCCAAGAUUGAUGUUCAAGAACGCUCCCUGGAAUCUCAUCAGAGCAAGAGUGGAUGAGGGCCUCAGGGAGCUCACGUGGACGGUCGAUGUGCAAGAACAGACCGACCAGCUCAUGCGCGUGGUCUUAGACGCGAUCGAUGAGCUUACGCCUCGAGCAAAGCCUGCACCGUACGCCAAGCGUUGGUGGUCGAGGGAUCUAACACAACUACGUCGGUUGUACACGUUCUGGCGGAACCAGGCUAGGUCGCAACGGCGGGCGACGCACGACAGCCCGGAUCUGGAACGGCGGGCCAAGGAAGCAGCCAAAGAAUACCACGACGCUAUACGGAGACAGAGGAAGUCACAUUGGGAAGACUUCCUGGCCGAAGAUAUUAACAUCUGGAAGGCAGCCAAGUAUCUCGAACCUGGCAGGGACGACAUGAGCGACAAAGUGCCGCCACUAAAGAAGGGUGAUGGAACCAUAACGAACAAUAAGGUGGAACAGGCGGAAAAACUGCUCGACACGUUCUUCCCGCCACUGCCAGCGAGAAUCGAAGAGGAGGGGUUGCGCCCACAACGGAGAACAGUAGCCCUGCCGGAUUUGACUCUGGAAGAGGUCGAAGUCAAAGUCAUGGCGGCGAAGCCGUGGAAAGCGGCCGGAACGGACGGCCUGCCGGCGAUGGUGUGGAGGCAGCUCUGGCCAGUAGUGAAGCAUCGCGUUCUGGUGCUCUUCCGGGCAUCGCUCCGAGAUGGCGUCGUGCCUCACCAGUGGCGGACGGCAAAGAUUAUUCCGCUAAAGAAGCCGGAAAAAGGAGACUACACAGAGGCGAAGGCGUGGCGACCGAUAUCACUUCUGUCAACACUGGGCAAAAUCUUAGAAGCGGUCGUCGCGGAGCGCAUAUCGUACGUGGUAGAGGCCUACGGGCUCCUGCCUGCGAACCAUUUUGGAGCGCGGAAACGACGGUCGGCUGAGCAAGCUCUCCUUCUCUUGCAAGAACAGAUCUACAAAGCAUGGAGAGCCCGGAAAGUACUAAGUCUGGUCAGCUUCGAUGUCAAGGGCGCGUACAAUGGAGUGUGCAAGGAACGAUUGCUGAAAAGGCUGAGGGCCAGAGGGAUACCAGAGCAGGUGGUCAACUGGGUCGACGCGUUCUGCUCUGCUAGAACGGCCACGAUCGUCGUGAACGGGCACACGUCGGAACUGCGCGACUUGCCACAAGCCGGCCUCCCACAGGGGUCGCCGUUGUCGCCUGUGCUGUUCUUGUUCUUCAACGCAGACCUGGUGCAGCGGAGGAUUAAGGCGGCAGGCGGAUCAAUCGCAUUUAUUGACGAUUACUCGGCUUGGGUGACCGGCCGGACCGCAGAAGCGAACCGGGCAGGCAUUCAGUCGAUCAUUGAUGAAGCACUCGAUUGGGAGAAGCGCAGUGGCGCGACCUUUGAGGUGGACAAGACGACGAUCGUCCACUUUACGCGCGGCACUGCGCGAUAUGACGGGUCAUUCUGGAUCAAGGGCACGGAGGUCAAACCCAAGGCCAGCGCAAAGAUUCUGGGCGUGAUCAUGGACUCCGGAUUGCGGUACCAGGAACAUAUGGCCAGAGCUGCCCAGAAGGGCCUGGCCGGUGCCAUGAACUUGAGGAGGCUGAAAUUACUCUCACCGAGGGUAGCGAGACAGUUGUUCACGGCGACGGUCGCCCCUGCCAUGGACUAUGCGUCGAAUGUCUGGAUGCACGCGCGUCGAGCGAAAGAAACUGGCUGGUUGAACAAGGCGCAACGAAUCGGCGCGCAGGCCAUCACAGGAUCGUUCCAGACCGUGGCAACCGCCGUGGCGGAGGCCGAGGCCGGCAUCCGCGCAGUUGGGGAACGGCACAAGCAGGCUGCGACGAGGCUCUGCGUGGACCUGCGGACGCUGCCGCAAACGCACCCAUUGGCAGCACUGAAGAACAAAGCAAGCAAGCGGUAUCUCUCGCCAAUGCAAGGCAUUGCCGCGCUGGUGGCUAAAGGAUCCACGGAGCGAAUGGAAGUCAUUAACGAGUAUGCAUUACGGCCAUGGACGGACCGUAUCCCUUUGUUGGGUGAGGACGACCCCGAAGGGGCCCAGACACCAUAUGACGUACAGAACAUCCUGAUAGCAACCGCGGCGUCGCAGAGGAACGACGUUGUGGGCAUGGGAGGCGCCGUUUGCGACACAACGCUUGGCGGCAUGGGCCACACUCUUGCCACUUUUUCCGUCACCAUCGGACCUGGAAGCGAACAAAAUCCGUACACGGCAGAGCUCGAAGCGGUAGCGACCGCGCUCAGAUCUAUACCACCAAGCCUUGUCGCCCAGGAUGUGACAAUAGCGGUAGGUAACCGAUCGGUAGUGGCAGCGAUCAGACGACCUCAGCAGCAAUCUGGACAGUGCACUAUCAGUGGGAUCUACGAUCAGAUGAAACGACUUCAGAAGAGAGGCUGUACCGUCAGACUUAUGUGGGUACCGGCCGGUGAAGAAGAGUUCGCGCCGCGGCAAUUGGCCAAAGCCGCAGCGAAACGAGGCACGGAAAGGGGAUGCGAGGCGGAAGUGCCGUGGUACCAGGCGAGGACGACGACGCUCCGGCUAGCUCUCGCCCGAGAACGAACGCGCGAACAACUACCGGAAAGCGUCGGAAGGUACUCGAAACGAAUCGACAAGGCGCUGCCAGGCAGGCAUACCCGUGCUAUAUACGACUCGCUGAAAAGGAUAGAAGCAGAUGUGCUGGUGCAGCUCCGCACCGGCAUGAUUCGACUGAACAGCUAUCUCCGCAGGAUAGGAGCAGCGGAAUCGGGUCUGUGUGAUUGCGGACAAGCGACAGAGACGGUAGAACACUUUCUUUUCCGGUGCAAGAACUGGACGGCACAGCGGGAAAUCUUGCUGAAGUGCGCACGAACAAAGAUUGGGAAUCUGUCCUUCUUUCUGGGGGGCAAGGCUGCCUCGGAUGACGACAAAUGGGAACCGGACAUGCAGGCCGUGCGUGCGACGAUCAGAUUUGCAAUGGCGACAAAGAGGCUGGAAUCGACCGGCGUCGCUCAGGGUGUGGAUCAGUAA